GUCCUCACAUGGUCAUCCACAACCAGACCCCUCUGUCUAUGCUGCUCAGGGAGAAUGUCAAGGAACCCCCCAGGACAGAGGUGUACUGCCGCCCCCUCCCUGCCAACUCCUCCCUCCACCAUGACCUCUACCACCACUUCUCCAGCUUCCCUGCCUGCAGACAGAGAGAGCCUCUACCCACCGUGCUGCUGAAGACCAGUCCUGACCCCAACGGUCUGCAGCCCAGCGACCUGCAGGCGUCUCCGGAGUGGAGCGACCCCGUGGACAUCAACUGCCCCGGCACACAGGUGGUUUUCCUACCAGGGUUUGGCUGUCUCUACAUAGAUGUCGUCCAUCAGGGCGGUACAGUCAUCCUCACCCUGGCACCAGAGGGCAGCGUGGACUCUGUCAUGAGCCUGCACAACAGGACGUCCAAUCGGAAGCUGGCGUUCAGGGUGUUGCUGAGCGAGGCCAGUGUGUCGCUGAGUGAUGACAUCACCAGUCGUUCGGGUUCCGUGGAGCUCUUGAGGCUGACUCUGUCCAAACUGCUACUGAACCUGUGUCCUGCCCGUCUGGGUGACUCUGGCAUGGGGCUGGUCACCGCCGGGAUGGGAGAGGCCUGUCUGGUCGAAGUCCACUGUGCCAGCCUGCAGGUGGAUAACCAGCUGUAUAACCGUGCCAGCUUCCACUUCCCAGUGUUGUUGUGCCAGGAGCAGUGUGUGGAGCCCCUCCCCCCCUGGACCAGCGAUGCCAACCCCACCACCUCACUACAGGCCCUGGAGGAGUUUAAGGCGUCGUGCUUCCUCCAGCUGGGGCUCACCUUGGACAGGGAGGGCUACAGUGUGGACCAGCUGACCUUCCACAUCAAACCAGCCCGUCUCUACCUAGAGGACACCUUCGUCUACUACAUCAAGACUCUGUUUCACACCUACAUCCCAGACUCAGCCCUGGCCCCUUCCCCGGGCCCUAACCCCUCGGAGCGCUACGGGGGUCCCCUGCUCCCGGAGACCGUCCUUCAGUCCAUCCCAGCCCUGGUGCGCCCUCUGAGGCUGCAGCGCCUGGUCAUUCAGCCGGUCGACAUGUUGGUCAGCGUCCACGCCUCUCUGAAGCUCUACAUCGCCUCGGAUCACACGCCGUUGUCGUUCUCCCUGUUCGACAGAGGACCGCUCUGUACUACAGCCAGACAGCUGAUCCACGCACUCACCAUGCAUUACGCUGCCGGGGCGCUGUUCAGGGCUGGCUGGGUGGUGGGGUCUCUGGAUCUCCUUGGUAGUCCUGCCAGUCUGGUGAGGUCCUUCGGUAACGGAGUAUCAGACUUCUUCCGUCUGCCAUACGAGGGUUUGACCCGGGGCCCCGGGGCCUUCGUCAGCGGGGUGUCACGAGGAACCACCUCAUUCGUCAAACACAUCUCUAAAGGCACGCUGACGUCCAUCACCAACCUGGCGACCAGCCUGGCCAGGAACAUGGACCGGCUGUCCCUGGACGAGGAGCACUAUACCAGGCAGGAGGAGUGGAGGAGGCAGCUGCCUGAGAGCCUGGGGGACGGACUCAGACAGGGCCUGUCUAGACUGGGCAUCAGCCUACUGGGAGCGAUAGCUGGCAUCGUGGACCAGCCCAUGCAGAACUUCCAACGGGGAUCAGAGAUGCAGAGUUCAGCAGGCAGCAAGGCCAAAGGGGUCAUCUCUGGGGUGGGGAAAGGCAUCGUGGGGGUCUUUACCAAACCUAUAGGGGGCGCUGCAGAGCUGGUCUCGCAGACGGGAUACGGUAUCCUUCAUGGGGCUGGUCUCUGGCAGCUCCCCAAACAGCUGUACCUCCCAGUAGACCAGAAGUCAGCCCUCGCGCCCAACAGUCACGUCAAAUACGUCUGGAAGAUGCUCCAGUCCCUGGGUCGUCCAGAGGUUCACAUGUCCCUGGAGGUGGUGAUCGUGUCCGGGUCGGGUCAGGAGCAUGCUGGGUGUCUGCUGCUGACAGGGGAGGUGGUGUUUGUGGUCAGUCUGUCUGAAGACACACAACAACAGGCCUUCCCUAUCACCGAGGUGGCCUGUCAACAAGACCCCCACCACCUGGGGGCGCUGACCCUCACGCUGCAGCAGCAGAGACUCACCAACGAUGUAGAGGGUGACAGUGGGAGGGAGUGGUUGUCAGAGCAGCAGUAUGGUCGUCUGGUGGACUAUGUGACUCGUGCGUCUGCGUUCCUCUCCCCGUCGGCCUCGUCCCUCCAGCAGGCUCCUCCCAUCACCCCGGCCGAGCCUCCGCCCGCCGUCACCAAGACCUACCGUUACCUGGUCAGCCCCGCCCACGCCGCCGUGUUCGUCUCCAAGUUCACCAUGGUCAAGAACAAGGCGCUGCGCAUCGGCUUCCACUGACACACACACCUUUAGAGAGACACACCUGUACACACACACACCUUUACAGAGACCCUGACACACACUCGUACAGACACACACACACCUUUACAGAGACACACCUGUACACACACACACCUUAACAGAGACCCUGACACACACUCACACACACACACCUUAACAGAGACCAUGACACACACUCGUACAGAGACACACCUGUACACACACACCUUUACAGAGACCCUGACACACACUCACACACACACACCUUUACAGAGACCCUGACACACACUCACACACACACACCUUAACAGAGACCAUGACACACACUCGUACAGAGACACACCUGUACACACACACCUUUACAGAGACCCUGACACACACUCACACACACACACCUUAACAGAGACCAUGACACACACUCGUACAGAGACACACCUGUACACACACACCUUUACAGAGACCCUGACACACACUCACACACACACCUUUACAGAGACCCUGACACACACUCACACACACACACCUUAACAGAGACCAUGACACACACUCGUACAGAGACACACCUGUACACACACACCUUUACAGAGACCCUGACACACACUCACACACACACACCUUAACAGAGACCAUGACACACACUCGUACAGAGACACACCUGUACACACACACCUUUACAGAGACCCUGACACACACUCACACACACACCUUUACAGAGACCCUGACACACACUCACACACACACACCUUAACAGAGACCAUGACACACACUCGUACAGAGACACACCUGUACACACACACCUUUACAGAGUCCCUGACACACACUCACACACACACACCUUUACACACACACCUUUACAGAGACCCUGACACACACUCACACACACUUUGAUUUACUCUUAAACAUUUCAAUAAAACACCUGUGGCAAUGAA